UGGUCGCUCUCAUGCUUUUCUGUGAUAAGAUACAAUACGGGAUAGCGAUUCGUCUAACCGUAUACAGACAUAUACAAAGUAUCGAGAAAUUAAUACGAGAUAAUUAGUACUUUCCGUUAAUCACUAUUUAUUUUUUCCUCUAUUUAACGGCCUUGAUUUUUGUCUCCUUGAAACAGGGAAAAAUGUCUGAGCAAUUCCUAGGUUGUACUGUUUCUGUGAAGUGCAUCGAUGAUCUUGGUACCUAUCAAGGUAAAAUUAUUGAUCUAAAUAAGAAUAGUCUUACAUUAGCAAAGGCAUUUUGCAAUGGCAUACCACACUCUUCUUCCAUUGUUAAAUUGAGUGUAAAAGAUAUACACAAUGUUGAGAUUAUAUCAACAGAAGAAGCAGGAACAAACGAUAUCCAAUCUCAGAGUAAAGUUAUUGUGAAGAGGCCUAUCGCUAAAAGGGCUGGGAGAUCAAUCUCAGAAAGUGUUUCGUCUACAGUGCAAGCAGGAGGGUCUCAAGCACCAAAUUUCAGAAAGCCCAUGGAAUCUAAUCAACAACAAAUGGAGCAAACCACAAAUGGAAAAAUUGCAUCAGAGCAUUGUAGCAAUAUACCAAACAACAAAGCCAUUCCAAAACGAUUGACUCAUAGACAAAGAGUAUUAGAAAGAGACGAACAUACUUUUGGUACUCCAAUUGAUCAAUCUUUGAAUCAAGACUUCGAUUUUGAAAAGAACUUGGCGUUGUUCAACAAAGAGGCUGUAUGGCAAGAAAUCAAUUCUCUGAAACCAGACAUCGUUCGCCAGUCGGAAAGUAAUAGAGGCACCACCGCGAUCUACCGACCUGACGAGAACAUUCUCGUGUCCGAACCUACGAUACAUCGGAUCGUGGUGCCUUGCGCCAGCGCGAAAGAAUAUGUUACUGACAACGGUUUAGUAAUUCCUAGCAUCACUCUCAAUCUCCAUCGUCAAUUGAUAGGUGCGGCGGAUAGAUUGGGGAUAAGUUGGGAACGCAGGGUGGAACUUCUCGGACGCGCUGGUGCUGAGCUCAUCUUGCAGCUGUUGGGUGGAAGUCACCGACUGAAUCCGAAUAACGCACAUCAGUGGCCCACAGUUGUCGCACUGUGCGGUCCGCACCGUUCUGGCGCCGCCGGUAUCAAUUGCGCCCGACAGUUGUCCAGCCACGGUGUCAAGACGAUCGUGUUUGUUGAGAACUCGGAGGAUGUAUUCUUGCUGCAGGAACUCUCUCUAUACAAGUUAACAGAGAACAAAGUAGAGACGAAAGUAAAGAACCUGCCGUCUCUCGUCGAUCUCAUCCUCGUAGCUCUUUGCGAUGAGGACUCGUCGCGGAUGAUCACUCCAAUAGCGAGAUGGGCUAACACCAACAGAGCGCCAGUUCUCGCUAUCGAGCCGCCGGCGACGGGUACACCCGGUAUCAUCAGUAAAUUCAGUUUACUGGGGGCCCUGCCGUUAUCGCACAGCGCCGACAACGGUAGAUUGUAUCUGUGCAACUUGGCGUUGCCAAACAAGGUGUAUUCCGACGUUGGGAUCACGUACAAAUCGCCGUUCGGGCCGAAGUUCGUAAUUCCAUUACAUUCCAAUGAUUCUUAGCAGAUUCUCAGCAGCCACGUCGUGUCUUUUUAGAUGGACGCUUCAUUUUAUCCGAACCGCGCGCUUCUCGUAUGAUUAGAGGAGAUGUUUACUUAUAUACUGCGGUUUUACCUCGCUGAGCUCGUCGAAGUAGCGCGAGGAGAGUUGGCACACAAUUCGGCAUUUGAUAUGGAUUUUUACGGCGGAUUUUCGCGAUGGCUUCGGCAGUCAUUUCACACUCGUUCGUGUGGUGACUGCAAUCGGAAGUAGUAACGUAUGCUGUCUCCUGUUAUGUGCCGAUAAGUUAGAGGGUUAUAUUGUAUUUUAAAAUUGUCGUUAUUGCAUUAUUACGAGACACACGUGCCCGAGCGCGUGUUAUAGACAAAGAAGUAAAAAAGGAAAAAAAAUAGAUAUUUCGCCAGCGAUGUGUGAGCUUGCGAUCAGUUUUAUCAGUGUGUCAAGUGUAAGUGACAGAAUAUAUCUUAUAUGCUUAGAGCAAAACCUAGCAUAUACUCGUAAAUUACUUCCUUCAACGGUUAUAGUUCCAUAUAUUAUGGCACGAUUUCGCAACACAUUUGAUACAUUCGAAAGGAUAAAAAAUAGAAAUACACCAUUUCGCACUGUGUUUGCAGUUUGUGUCACUCAACACACACACACGCGCAAAGAUUCAAAAUAAUCACCGAGUCUUUAUGAUUACGGGACAUGGAGUUUGUAAUGGCCCUUGCGUUCGAUAGAUUUAAGUGACGAAUACUGUAAGCGCGUAGAGCUACUGUCAAGAUAAUCUAAUUAUGUGGCAUGGAGAACUUACAGCUCGAAAAAGUUAUAAAGGAAAUAGAGAACAUUAGAUGAUGGUUUGUGCAAGAGGAAAUCUAUAUAUAUUUUUAAUAAUUUGUAACCUACUACUCUUGUAUGAUUGUUGAAAAAUCGUGAAACGGGCGAUUGAUUAACGACAUUUUAUACUUGCACAUUUACAUUUGGUAUUUUUCGGUGAUCCCGUUGUUGUUAUAUGUGUACCGAGCAUUAUUUCGAUUUUUAUUACUGGUGCUUCGGUAUCGCAGGUUUAUUCUAACGCACAUUAUCUCUGAUUGUCCACCAAACGUUGCGUAAAGUACCUACAUUAAAAUUUAUGUUCUUUUUGUACUAAUUUUUUAAAUCACAGUAUAUAAUAAAAUAUGGAAUGUGCUUCUCUGACGGUCGUCAAUUUACGUAAUUUAAGUAAUUAUAUUUAUAUAAUUCUGAAGAUAUACGUGAUAGUAAUAAUUUUGUCUAAUUUCUUGCACAUCCGACGUUAAGAUUUGACGUUGAGAUUUGACGAUUGAAUAAUUCGUGUCUACAAAACGCAUUGCAGCAUUUUAAACGAUUUAUUCGGAGGUAUACAUACGUUAUAUAAGACAUAUUUUAAUAUAAUUAUUAUAGUAAUUUAUUAACAUUAUAUUUCAUAAUAGAGUCGUUGAAACCGAUAUUGUCAACUCUAUUAUCACUAAUUAUAUAAUCAGUACUAUAAAUAAUUAGUGUCUGUAUAUUUGAGAAGUGGAUCUAAUUCCACACAGAUACCAUGUUAAAUUUUAUAAUCUAUAUCAAUUCAAUGUGCAAGAAAAAGAAAAUAAAAUGCGUACGUAAUUUCUAUGAAAUCAACAUUUUUUCAAUUCUAUACAAAUUUAAAAAUAGAAAAAGGUACUCAUGCAACAUUUACAUGUAAAAUGAAGUUUCACAAAAAAUCCAAUGGACUUUAUAAUCUAUACGUUAAAAUUCUACCAGUUACUUGUUUAAUCUAGGCACAAUAAACUCGGGUCCUCAUGUCGAGGUUAAUCUUCGUGAAGAAGAUAAUUCCUCUAUAUAUAUAUAUAUAUAUACUUUUUUUUAUUAUUAUUUCUAUUAUUUUAUUUAUAUCUAAUAGCUGUAACCGUUAAACUACUUUGUAUUAAUGACACGUUAAAUAAAUUAUAUAUAAAGCG